ACUAACUGAAUCUCUGAGUGAACAACUGUUUGUUAAGUACUUUACGAUGGAAGGAGCAUCAAAGUUUUUAAAAGGAAUAUUAGGCGACAUAAGUAGCCGUUCAGCUUACUCACAGAUAAUAAUUGGAGUAUCUUCGGGAUGGGUGACCGGGUACACAACAAUAAAAUUUGGAAAGUUUGCUGCAUUUGCUAUUGGCGGAAGUAUUAUUUUAAUGGAAAUUGCACACCAAGAAGGAUUUAUUAAAAUCGACUGGCCGAAAUUAUCGAGAAGUGUGGACAAAAUAGCUGAAAAGGUAGAAUCUUCAAUAUCACCCCACGAUACAAAUUGGUUGGAUAAGACGGAAAGGUAUUUGGAUCGCAAACUUGACAAAGCAGAAGAUAAACUUAAAGGAAAAACAAUAAAAGUGAGGAAGUGGUACGCAAAAUAUAUUGGAGAUGAAGAAGGACCGAAAAUAAAUGACCUCCAUAUUUUUAUAACCUCAUUCAUUGGAGGAAUCGCAUUAGGUAUAGCCACUGGCUAAUAAUAUUAUAUAAAAUGUAUUAACUUAGACUAAUAGAGUAAAUAAAAAAAUGA